GUGAACCUGAUGGCACCAUGUUCCUGCAGCCUCUGUGGACCGCCCUCCUCCACCACUCCCCCGUCCUCUCCUCGCCGCUCUUCCCCUUGUUCUUCUCGCUCUCCGUCUACCUGGCCUUCUGCCUGCCCUUCCUCCUCCUGGACCUGCUCUCCACCAGGUGGGCUCUGGUGCGCAGGUACAAGCUGCAGCCUCAGAGCUCCGUGAGCUGGUCCUCAGCGUGGACCUGCCUGACCCUGACGCUCUACAACCACCUGGUGUUCAUCUUCCCGCUGACGCUGCUCCACUGGUACCUGCGGCCCGUCCACCUGCCCGCCCAGGCCCCGCCUCUGCCCCGCCUCCUGGCCCAGGUGUUGGUCUGCCUGCUGCUCUUUGACUUCCAGAGUUUCACCUGGCACCUGCUGCACCACAGGGUGCCGUGGCUCUACAGACACUUCCACAAGGUUCACCACACCUUCACCUCCACCUCGGCCCUCACCACCGAGUACUCGGGGGCGUGGGAGACGCUCAGCCUGGGCUUCUUCGCCGCCUCUAACCCUCUCCUGCUGGGCGUGCACCCGCUCACAGAGCUCGCCUUCUUCGUGGUCAACAUCUACCUGUCGGUGGAGGACCACUGCGGCUACGACCUCCCCUGGGCCACGCACCGCCUGGUUCCCUUCGGCCUGUACGGGGGAGCACGCCACCACAACCUGCACCACCUCAAGCCCAGGUACAACUACGCCCCCUACUUCACCCACUGGGACCGACUGUUCGGGACGCUCCACACUCAGGACGGCUGAACGAACGGACGGUUUAAGAAGUUUCUGGACUCAUCAGGACGGCUCUGAGAAGAACCAGCUGGACCAAUCAGGACAUUCGAUUUCUGAACUUCCUGGACUGAUGGAGAAAUGAAGGAGACUUGAGAUGUUCACCUGUGAACGAGACACCCCUAGCCCACAGUAGUCUCUAAAACCUGCUCAGUAUUUCUAUAAAACUUUAUACUUUCCUCCUACAGAGAUAUUUAUAGUCUUUAUUUUGCUGAAGUAUUUAUUCAGAGAGCGGCGCCGUGAGGACGACGGCGGCGUGGACUUUACUCGCUCAAACACGGGGACUAUGUGAAAUGUUUUAUUUAGAAAACUAGUGAACUGAACAGACGUGAAACUGGUCUAGACUGUUAAAGAAAUGCUGAAAACAGGAUCUUCUCCAUGUUUAAUGAGGUGGGAGGAGUCUUGUCUUAACUGGAAUAACUGGACCAGAGGAAGAAGCAGCAGAGCCGUCCUGUCUCUGUUAACUCGUUUUUACUUUACCCUCAGCCAUCCCUGCAGACAUUUUUGUCACUAUGGGCCAAUGUUUCCUCUUCCUCUCUCACCGUUCUGGCUGUGUCGGUGCAUACGGUCUCAUUUUUUACAACAAAGUUUCUUUCUAAGCAAAUUUUCAAAUUCAAAUUUCAUUUGCUCUAACAGGUCAGAGAAACACUGAAACACAUUUACUACGCUUUAAAACGUCCACUUCCAAAAAACUGCUAUAAAACUUAAGAGAAUAUUUCUUUCUGCUUUUUUUUGGUCAAAUCUUUUGAUCAACUUCAGUUCUGAUCGAAACAAUCAGUUAUUAGAUAAUUUUGAGGAUUUUAACCUUUUAAAUGCCACUUUGAUUACAGGACAGUCAUAUUUUUUCUAAAAAAAACACUAAACAGUCAUUAUUUUCCCGAUAACUAGUGUUGGGGGGGUGGGGGGUGUUUUUUAAAAUCAGUCCUGGG